UAAGAGGCUAUUGGCACGGAUUCAAAAGUUAUGAGUAAAGGUAAUCGUGCUAAAGGUGGUAAGAACAAAGUAGAUGGUGCCUGUGAAAAAUUACCUUUGGGUCCAGAUUUAAUAACAAAUGAACAAUCCUCUGGAUCAUACAGACCACAUAUAAUCUAUGACAGUUCAAUUGAACAACUUCGAAUUACCGAGGAGCGUAUCCAAGAAAGACUGAAACAAUUCGAAGCCGAUCACCUGUCUCAUAAUCUAUCUCAAGGAUUAGAUUCAAUAGAGAAUUUGAAAAAUGUUCUGGUUAGAAAAACAAUUCCGGAGAAAGACAGACCGAAACUCAUGCGCAAAGUUGCAGUAUUAAGGAAGGCCUGUGAAGAAUCAGCACUAGCAGAACAAAUCACUACAAUUCCACUGGACAGUAAGAAGCUUACGUGUAGAAGACAGUCGAAUUUUAACUGGCAUGCAGCUGGCUUGGGUCCUCGUUUCAGUCCUGAUGGAACUAUUUUAAACCAUAGUAUUCUGGGAGAUCCUGUUGUUUUCUAUCAAAUUGCCUUGGCUCGUAAUGAUAUUUCUUGGAACAUGGUCCCGAAGGAAAUCCAACUACAACUUCAAGCCACAAUGGCAGAAAUGCAAAAUCUCAAUGUACCUAUAGCUCUAUCAUGUAUUCCAGAGCAAGCAAGCCCUGGCUCACAUAUAUCAAAUGAAUCAAAUUCAAUAGUUAAUUGUAGUACAAUAUCAAAUCAUCCAUCUGUUGACAAAGAAAACAAGAACGCUUUGGACUCUGAAGUGAACUAUUCACAAGGAAAUGGGGAUAUGGCGUCACUUGAGAACUGGCGACUGAAAGUUGAACAACAAAAGUUGAUUCAACGAAAAUUAGCCGGUUUAAUGAAAAGAAAAUCAAAUGACUUAGUUAUGAAUUCGGGUGAAAAUAUUUAUGAAGUACAACUAGCUAGAGAGAAGAUAGAUCGUGUACUGCCAUUGGUUAGUGAUGGUAAAGGAAGAAGAUUUAUGAGCGAAUUUUGGAAUCAGCCAGAAUACAUAAGAAAUGAAAAAUCAAAUGAUAUUUGUACAACAUUAACUAUGAAAGAAAGGGGUAUUUACAAGCCAAUUGAAUUUAUAAAGUGUCCGAAAGCAAUCAAGGAGGAAAAAGGUUUAAUCUCAUCAGAAUGCACUAAUACGGAUGCAUCAGCAUCGCCAACAAAGCCACACAGAGGAAAUUUAUCUACACCAAAUAGGCGGAGCACUUAUCUCACAGAAAGGAAUCAAGAAUUAUCUGAAUUAAUCAAUCUGGUUGCACCGUAUGAACCUCUAAUGGAUGAUUUAGCACUUAUUGGUGAGAAAGUGUUAAACAAUGAAGUCAAGAAUGAAUCAGUGGAAAUUCAGAACAGCACAAUGAAUGAUUUGAAAGAAAACGCUUUAAAUGAAAUGAAUGAAAAACCAUCAGAAUCUGAAACAGUAAACAAUGUGCCUAUAGAAUCAAAAAUUAAUGAACCAUCAUUAUACCUAAAUGGUUAUCAUUUAGACUGGCAAACAAAUACAUCAAAUCAAUCACGAACCGGCGUAGACAUUCACUUGACCUUUGUAAAUGAAAAUUCAAUUUUGCAAACAGAUUACAUCGAAUUAUUUAACAAUGGAAAUGUUGUUAUCACAUAUGAAUGGACCCGUGUUCGUCAGCAAAGUCACUUUUAUUUAGAUAAUAAAGGAUAUAAAGCGUUCUAUUUCGAUCCUAAACCGGGUAAAGUACAACCGGGUGAAAUUAUUCACCUACCAAUUACACUUAAAUCACCUCAUGAAGGAAUUCAUAAAGAGAUUUGGCGUUUUGAUACAACACCAGUUCUUUGUGGAACACAUCCAAUUCGUGUACACUUUCAUGCUAUAUCUGUAUGGCCAGAAUAUCAUCAAUUCUGUUACAUUCUUGCAAAAGAUAUAUUCAUUCAAUUAGAGAAUGAAGCUAACUAUCGAAUGGUAUAUCGAAUGUUGGAAAAUAUAAUCAUGAAUAUUCAACCUGAAGAACGUCCUCCCAGUCCUGUUUAUCCUCCAGAGACAGCAGAAGAAGUCUUUGCUUUGUCUAAUUCAUCUCUAAAUUAUAAACACAAUGUAAUUCAAAAACUGAAACAAUUAUACACAGAACUUAAGGAAAGAGAAUACAAAAUCCUUGGAAACUCUAAUGAAACGUCAUCAUCUAAUACUGACAGCUGGAAUUAUUCCAUUUCAGAAUUAAGAAAAAUGAUUUACAAGUAUCCGCCCGAUAUGAGUAAAAUGAACGCCGCAGCCAAAAGAGAAGAAGAAUUCACUAAGUUUUUCCAAACUGUUGACCAACUCGCGUUUCCAGUGAAAGUGAGCUUCAUUAAUCCAUCUAUGGAACGUUAUAGAAUUGGGUAUACAUUCUUAUCUCAAACACUUGUCAGUCUAUUUGAAUUAUGUUCAAAUCUACGCCAAACACAUGGGCUUGCAGAACUUACUAGUGGUCCAGUAAAAUCUCAAAGAGGACUCAGAAAUGCAAACCAAACAUAUGAAAGGGCACCUGUGUCAGCAGUAACUCGAAAUCCUACUCAAAUGAAACCAUACGAUGAGUUAUCAAUGGAGACAGGAGAUAAAUCCUUACAACCUGAUCAAUUAUUGCUGCCAGAAGAUAGUCAAGAAUCAAAUGAAUUCAUGGAGUUCAUUAAGACUAUUCCACCUAAUUCGAAAUUAUGGAAAGCGAAAGCUACUUCAAUAGUGUACGUUACACUGUCUGAAAUGUUAGAUGAUUUAUUCGCCUGUUGGAAUGAAACUUAAGAAUUCAACAUUGAUUUGAAUUACUCCCACUACUACUACUUACUUAUAAGUAAUAUUUCAAUUAUUUACAAAAUUCUUCUAACUUUUUAAUAUA